CCGCGGCGGCUGCGGGCGGCUACAGAGGUACAGGUGCCUCCGCCGCGCGGUCCGCCGCCUUCCAGCCCGCCGGUCGCGGCGCCGGGCCUUCACGGCCCCACUCCCGCCAAAUGCAGGCCGUCGCUCUCCCCGAGGAGAUCCGUUGGCUCCUGGAAGAUGCUGAGGAGUUCUUGGCGGAGGGCUUAAGGAACGAGAACCUCAGUGCUGGUGCAAGGGACAACAGGGACCAUAUUCUACGAGGCUUUCAGCAAAUAAGAGCUAGGUACUAUUGGGAUUUUCUACCCCAAGGGGGAGACCAAGCUGAAAAUUUUCUUGUACAGGACAGCUCCGACGAUAACCACAGUGGAACUCAUGGUCCUUCUCUCACAUCUGAUGCACCUUUUUUGUCAGAUUAUCAGGAUGAGGGAAUGGAAGACAUCACAAGAGGAGCUCAAGAGCUUGAUAACAUCAUUAAGCAAGGAUACUUGGAGAAGAAAAGCAAAGAUCAUAGUUUCUUUGGAUCAGAGUGGCAGAAGCGAUGGUGUGUUGUCAGCAGAGGCCUCUUCUACUACUAUGCUAAUGAGAAAAGCAGACAGCCCAAAGGGACCUUUCUCAUUAAGGGCUACAGCGUACGGAUGGCCCCCUACCUGCGAAAAGAUUCCAAGAAAGAAUGCUGCUUUGAGCUGACCUGCCAGGAUAGGCGCAGCUAUGAGUUUACAGCUACUAAUCCCACUGAAGCCAGAGACUGGGUGGAUCAAAUAAAUUUCCUGUUAAAGGACCUGAGCUCCUUAAUCAUCCCCUGUGAAGAGGAGGAAGAAGAGGAAGAGAUGUAUGAUGACAUUGAUGGCUUCGACGCCCCACAUUCUGGUUCCCAGUGCAGACCCAUCACCUUGCCUGGGAAUCUGGGGCCAAAAGAGCCCACAGAGGAGAAAGAUGAAGAUAUUUAUGAAGUCUUACCAGAUGAAGAGCAUGACCUAGAAGAGGAGGAGAGUGGCACUCCACAAAAAACAUUACCAGACUCGCUAAUUAAGAGGAUACUGCUGCGUCAACCUCAAAAGCCCCAAAUAAGGUGACCGGAUACAGAAAUACGUUAACUUUAAAAGCAGCCACUUUAAUUAAUGUUCCCAGAACAGCUAAGAUUAAUCCUAGAGAGGUUGGGAAGCCAAACCAGAUAUUUAUUUUUUCCUAUCAGUAUUUCUUAAAUCAGUACAGUGAAAAUAGAAUUGCCUCAUCUCUGAGAGAUCAGAGGAUUGAGAAUGGAAAGAAUGGAAAUGUCUCUUCUCUGAGAGUCCCGAAGAUUGCAAGUUCAGAGGGGAAUGGAAAUGUGUCAGAUCUGAAAAGUGAACGCAGGGUGAAGGAUAGAAUUGCUUGGUGAUGCUGACUUCUGAUGGCCUGGUUUGAUUCCAGGCACAUUUGGAAAUGAAUAUGUAACAGGUUUGUUGAAUACAAAAUUACAUCUUAUUCAUCCCAGACUGUUAACCAUGCUUCAGGCUGUUAGUGAGCCCAUCCUUUCUAAGGUCAGAUCCCUUCUAAAGCCUCCUUAAGUGGACCAAGGACCUAUUCCAUCGUUGUCAGUAGAAAAAUGUGCAUUGCCAGGGCCACCUCAAGGGCAUUCUGCCCAUCAGCAGAGCCUGAAUUGUGGCUCAUUUAGAUACUAGCUAAUUUUUCCUUAGAGAUUCUAUGAAAGUCUUAAGCCUAGGAGUUCUUUCCCUCUUUCACUCCCUGCUUCUUCUCCAUUUCUCUGGCUCUACCUCUUCCCAUUCCCCUCUCUCUUCCUUUCCUUGUGCCUUUUCUUCUCUUUGUUAUGCAUUCAGCAGAAGCCCCUUCCUUGGUUCAUUCUUUGUAGAAAGCGCAUCUCUAACAGGUUUAGUGAAGAACCCAACUUAGUAAAUGCCCAGCUUCUCCCAGGGGAGAUAAAAGAUAGCAAAGAGGUAGCAUCAGAAGCUAUGUGUCAAAGCAGGGGAGGAAAAAGAAAGAACUGAGAUAUGAUACAGCAGUGUUCCCGUAGCUGCAAGUAAGCCCUGCAUGACAGUUAACGAUGUAAUUAAGUCCAUUCUGAAAUGUUUUCACUUGCAGUACAAUAUUCCAACAGUAAAUCUGUACAUGUACGUCUUUUCUCAACCAACUUCCAUCACCAGCAUAAGAAAAAAACACUUCAUGUUAGGAGCUUGGGUGGAGUAAUUGUAAGCUGCCUAUGGCCAACUUCAUAUUAAACUCCAUUCAGGAAGCAGCAGUUUUCCAGCAAAAGUCUGAGUCAUUUUCAGACCCCUCUCUCAUCUCAUUUCCUCCUUCCACCUUUCUUUCUAAGGUUCUACCUGGGAGGGUAAGGAGAGAUUUAUUUCUUACCUGUUCCAAUAGUUAUAAUUCAUGUAGGCUUUUUAAAAAAACACUUUUGCUCCUCAUGCUUUCUGCCUCCAAAAUAGGUGUUGCUGAAGUAUAGUGAGCUCUAAAUAUGUUUCUAUGGUUUAUACUUCCCACCAGUUAUAAUGAUUGGUGUCUCAGUGAUUAAAAAACAGAGGACUUUUUGCUCUCUCUGCAGAAUCUGAGGCAGGAAUUUUUAUUUGUGUUUACUUAUUUAUUUAUUGAAUUUAUAUAGUGCCUGUUCUCCAAAGGAGCUAUAGAAACAGCAACAAAUAUGUAACAUCCAGGUGUCAUCACUUAGCUUUAUAACAAUAAGAUAUAGAGGUUCAAGGGACUGGUAGGUAGCCCCACUGAAGGCAUAUAAAAAGCACAGAACCCUAGGACAAUGUGAGUUCUUAUGUAACAGGCAAGCUACACAAGUUUGGUUCACUUAGCUUUUCUCAGGUACCACGUGCAUUUCUGGGGGGAAAAUCUUUUCUCCUGAAAGAUUCCAUGGCUAGCAGGGUUACCUUUAAAAUCCGUGUACUUUUUCUCCACUGUCCCAGGGAUUCUGUUCCCAGGAAUGCUGUGCUUUUCCCUGAUUGAAUUGCUAACAUUUUUAAAGCCCAACUAGAUCUUAACAGAAAAGGGGAAAAAAGAAAUUCAGUUUAUCCUUAUUAGGUGUUAAUGACCCUAUAAGAUGUAAUUUAUUUUAUUUUAUUCUGUUACCUAGAAAAUCUAUCACAGCCUUGUAGUAUUGAUUGUUCAAUCUAUAAAAAGCUUGGUCUGUAGCAUGACUGUUAGUAACAGGGUUAUUUUAAUGAGCGACUCUUCAACACCUCAGAUCUUCACUAAAUUCCAGCCCAUCAGCCUAACAGUAGAACACUAAGUGUCUUCAGUGAUGAGAGCUUAUCUCCCUUGCCUGUCAUGAGAAGGCAGUGUCUAGGUAACCAAAAACAAAACUCCCUCUAUGCUGCUUAUAUGAAAACUAUGGGCCAUUUGCUUGGGUAUGCCAUGUGAA